AUCAAAUUCCUCUUCUCCUCUCUCCAUCUUCAAUCUUACACUGCAAUUUUCAUAUAAAUUACUUACAAAAUUUGGAUUUCUCGUCUCUCUUUUCUCGACGCCGCUCGCUCUCUCUCUCCGAAAAAAACAUUUCUUGUAUACAUUUUGGGAUGGUUGCUCUGUUUUCUCUUGUUUUGACUAAGAUUAUUUUUUGUUGUUUUUAGACCAAAUUAAGAUCUGAGUUUUGAUUAGAUACCUUUUUUAUGAACUGGGUUUUCAUUAAUUUUUAGUUUCUAAACCAUUUCCAGUUAUAUUCAAGAGUUGAGUUCAUUAUUUACUCUGAGCUCAAGAGAGCGAGCGGCGAAUAGUGAGUGGAAAUGGCUGAAUCAGAGGACAGGGGAAAAUCAAGGAUGGCGGCAAUGGAAGAAGAACAAAUGGAUUUUGAUGAUAAUACAUUUGAAAGACAACAAAGGAGGCCAGUUUUUGAAGAAGCUUCCAUGUCUAACAGGCGUUUCAAGAAAAUCAAAAGUCCAGAACGCCAAGGAUAUUCUCAAUCCUCUGUUCAACAAUCGGCUUUAAAUUCCUCUGUUCCUUAUAAUAAUCCCACAUCCAUGGCAUUUCCUCCUCCUCCGUCAUCGUCGAGGCUCGUUUUCCCUUUUGCUUAUGAUGGGACGCACCAGUCCAUGGAAAGUUCAUCCCAAUUGGGACCGAACGCGACGCCUCUGUUUCACCCACAGCAGCAAAAUCAGCAGCAAAUGAUCUCAUUUUCACCUCAACAAUGUCUUUACCCUCCGUAUUUUGCAGGAGAAUUAGGACCAUCACAGAAUCAACAGCAGCUAUUGCAGUAUUGGAACGAAACGCUAAAUUUAAGUCCGAGGGGAAGAAUGAUGAUGAUGAGUAGAUUGGGGCAAGAUUGCAGGGGAUUUUAUAGGCCUCAACAGGUACAAGUACAGCCAAUUUCAACUACGAAGCUAUACAGAGGAGUAAGGCAGAGACAUUGGGGAAAAUGGGUAGCUGAAAUUCGUCUUCCUCGAAAUAGGACUCGUCUUUGGCUUGGUACUUUUGACACAGCCGAAGAUGCAGCUAUGGCUUAUGACCGCGAGGCGUAUAAGCUAAGAGGAGACAAUGCUAAGCUCAAUUUCCCCGAACUCUUUAUUGGUAAAGACAGAGGAGAACCAUCUACUGAGCAUAAUUCAUCUCCGUCGUCUCCAAUUACUCCUCAUGAAUCUUCACUGCCUGAACAAAAUUCAGAAAGUCUUCAAUUACAACCUAUAAAUAAUGAACAAUUGCCUUCGUCACCGCCUCCACAGCCACCACCAGAAGGUGAUAACCACGACGAGGACUCAGGAAUUGGAUCAAGUGAGGUUACUACUAAUUCACAAUCAUCUGAAUUAGUAUGGGGUGAUAUGGCUGAGGCUUGGUUCAAUGCAAUACCAGCAGGUUGGGGUCCAGGUAGUCCAGUUUGGGAUGAUUUGGACACAAAUAAUAACCUCAUGUUUCCACCUAAUCUUCAUUUUGGGAAUUUCUGUCAGCAAGAGCCUUAUAAUUCUGAUCCCCAUCAACAUCAUGAUACUAAUAGAGAUCCAUCUUCACCUUCAUGUCCCAUGAGGCCUUUCUUUUAGAUUCAACUUUUCUCAUACAUUCGUCCCGUUAGGAUUUAGGUGUCACAUACCAUUUCAUGGAAACAAGCGGGUAAAACUGCAUACAAUAGACUUUGUGAUUCGGGCCUUUCCUGGACCUUGCACGUGCACUAGACUACCCUUUAUACCAUUUCAAGAUUCACAACUCCCUUUGUCCAUAGGAGAUUCUUUUAGAUAAUCUCCGCGGGAUUCAUCCACUGGAUGAAUCUUUUUGGUCAGGCCUGUGAGUUCAUACACCGUCUUCGUUCAUCUCUUUUUCUUAAUUGCUGCAAUAGGAGAGAGCCCUUUUUAACUCUUUUACUAUGCCAUCUUUUAGACCCUCUUCCACUUGAUCCACCAUACUUUGUCAUAUCUGCAAAAUGGCUGCAUAUUUAAAGCCUUUUCUUGCAAGUGACAAUUUUUACUUGUUUUCUAGUACUUUCAUACAUAUGUAUCACAUUUAGUGAGACCAUACGCUAGUAGUUGGUGUCAUUAUAUUUUCUUUCAUUUGUAGUAGUUAAAUUAUCUUAGCAUAGACGUCGAGGGAGAUAGUUUUAUGAUCUACCCUCGACAGUCCCUCCAUCAUGAGCUCAUUUUUGAUUCGCGAGGAUGGAGGAAGUUGAAGUGUCUGUAUAUGUAUUGAUCUUCACUUCAGAUCUAUAUGUUGUAAUUUGUUGUUGUUGAAGAUAUUAGUGUUCCUCUUUUGAUUGAUAUA